AUGUCUACAUAUCCACAAGACGCACACAACGACAUCUACCCUUCGGAUCAGGGUCAUGAUUCCAGCAAGACAAAUAGCAAGGAGAAGAUGCCUCUCGAUAACGAGAAGGGUCACAUUGAUGACCUCCAAUCCGCUCACAAUGUCCCCGUGGUCGAGAACGGCUUCGGUGGAGGUGAGGGCGCAAAGAACUUUCGCAACAUGUCGAAAUGGGACACAACUUUUGCCCUGCUCACAAAUCAAGUGGGUCUGGGUGUUCUUUCACUUCCUAGCGUGUUGAAAACCAUGGGAAUCAUUCCUGGACUCAUUGCUAUUAUUGGCAUAGGUUUACUUUCGUGGUAUACAGCCUACGUCUUAAAACAGUUCUAUGGUCGCCAUCAGCACGUGGUCAACGUAGUUGACAUGACGAAGGUUGUUGGAGGACGACCCUUGAGUAUCAUAAGUGGCAUUGGUCUGAUGGUCCAAGUUAUCAUGACGGCUGCUUCAGCGAGUGUUACGCUCUCUAUUGCCUUCAAUACCAUCUCUAGUCACGCCGUCUGUACAGUGGGCUUCAUCGGAAUCGCUUGCCUGUGCUGCUGGGUCCUCUGCGCACCCCGAACAUCCAAGUUCGUUUCCCAGUCAGGUAUCCCCUGCAUGGUUUCCGUCAUCGCCGCUUCCAUUCUCGUUAUGGUCUCGCUCGGAGUCAAGAAUCCCACUGCUGCGCCCGCAGACUGGCACAAGGAGAUCAAGGUGGUGGCCAACCCGGACUUCCGCUCUGGACUCAACGCUUGCCUCAAGAUCUGCUACGCUUACUCAGGCAACAUCAACUUUGUCACUUAUAUGGCUGAGAUGAUUGACCCCGUCAAGGACUUUGGCUUUGCCUUGGCUUGGUUGGAGUGUGUCUCCAUCCUCUUCUACGUCGUCGUGGCCAUCGCCAUCUACUGCCUUGCUGGAGAGUACACCGUCUCGCCCGCUCUUGGCUCAGCCCCCGAGCUCAUCGCCAAGAUUGCCUACGGAAUCGUCCUCCCUGCUAUCUUCUCUACUGGACUUGCCUUUGGCCACACUGGUAUCAAGUAUGUGUACGUCCAGGUGAUGAAGCACUUUAAGCUCCAGAGCGAGAUGACUGCCAACAAUGUCCGCUCUUGGUCCAUCUGGAUGACCAUUGUGACCGUCUUCUGGAUCCUCUGCUUCAUCCUCUCCAACGCUAUCCCCGUUUUUGACUCCAUCCUGUCCAUCGCCUCGGCUACCACCAUCUCUUGGUUCACCUUUGGCUUUAGCGGUAUCUUUUGGUUCCACAUGAACUGGAACCAGCUCUUCUCCAGCCCCAAGAACAUCAUGCUGUUCUGCCUCAACAGCUUCCUUAUUGGAAUCUCGUUGUUUAUGAACGCUGCUGGCUUGUGGUCAUCCAUCACUGAGCUGUUGGAUCUGUUUGCCAACGCUUCCAGUUCCAUUCAGGGAGUCUUCUCUUGCGGUAGCAACUCCAUCUUCUGA